GUUGUUGUGGGUAGGAUGGUGUCCUUCCAGAUAAGACGCCAAAGGAACCAUGAAAGAACAGCUUCUUCUUCACUUUCUCUCUUCGUCGUCCUCCUGAGACAUCGCUCUCUUCAUACACCUUUUUCUCUGUGGAUUUGUUCAACUGAAGUCGGACAACUGGCAACUGAAAUGGGUGAAUGGGAUCUGCUGGGCCGCCUGCUGGAUAAAGUGCAGAGCCACUCCACGGUGAUCGGCAAGGUCUGGCUCACCGUGCUGUUUGUCUUCCGCAUCCUGAUCCUGCGCGGCGGCGCUGAGAAGGUGUGGGGCGAUGAGCAGUCCGACUUUGUCUGCAACACUCAGCAGCCCGGCUGUGAGAACGUCUGCUACGACCUCGCCUUUCCCAUCUCUCAUGUUCGCUUCUGGGUCUUUCAGAUUAUAGCUGUGACGACUCCGAAGCUGCUAUACCUGGGUCACGUCCUCCAUGUGAUCCACAUUGAGAAGAAGAUGAAGGAGAGGAUGAAGAAGCAGGCCGAGUUGGAUGACCAGGCCAGUCUGUUCCUUAGAAGGGCCUACAAAGUUCCCAAGUACACCAAGAGCACUGGCAAGAUCAGCAUCCGUGGCCGUCUCCUUCGCAGCUACGUCCUCCAUCUCGUGGCCAAGAUUGUCCUGGAAGCUUUGUUCAUCGUGGGUCAGUACUUUCUUUAUGGCUUCACCCUCCAGACGCGCUACGUCUGCACCCGCUUCCCUUGCCCUCACAAGGUGGACUGCUUCCUGUCCAGGCCGACGGAGAAGUCGAUCAUCAUCUGGUUCAUGCUGGUGUCGGCGUGCGUCUCCCUCGUCCUCAGCCUGGUGGAGCUGGUCUACCUGUGUGUGAAAGCUGUGAAGGAGUGCAUGACGAGGAGGCAGGACUACACCGUGACCCCGGUGACGCCGCCGCCUUCGGAAAGGAAAGCGUUUAAAAGCCGCGACGAGAUGCUCCAAAAUUGUGUCAACCUGGAGCUGGAGCUUCAAGGACGGAAGUUAGGGGUGAACGGGGCCACAGGCGGGGUCAACGAGGCCGCUAAGAACGUAUCGCCUGAGAGCAACAACAUGGGAGGAGAGAUCCGCAUCUGAAGCACGGAGGCAGUGAUAGGUUGGAGUUCUAGUGUUUGAGUGCUUUGGCUUUGGGGAGGAAAGGGGGGAGUAGCCAGCUUCUGUAAACAGUACUUAGUCACAUGCAGAAUGUUACUUAAAAUUACUUUUGUGGCAUAAUACAAAAACAACAAACCAUGUUUUCCUGCAGUUGACAUUUCCGUCAUUUCAAAACAAUGUAGAUUAUUUUUUGACAGAUUUUGCUAAGGGUACGUUUUUGAUAUGAUUUUAGACAAUGUUGUUACAAUUUUGAUCAAUAAACCUUUCAUAAAUAC